AUGACGGAUUAUUUUGUCGAAGACCCGAAGUACAACGAAGAUAUUUUUCGGCAUAGGUUCUGUAUGUUGAAACGUUUGUUCCUAAAAAUUGUGGCCGACGUGGAAGAGAACGACUCGUGGUUUCAAGAAGCCCUCGAUGCGCGAGGUAGGAAGGGCUUUACGCAGUUUCAAAAGGUGACAUCGGCUAUUAAACAGCUCGCAACCGGUAACACUCCAGGCGAGAACGACGAGUACUUGCAUAUGGCCGAAAGAACUUCCCGCGAGUGCCUAGAAUAUUUUUGCGACACGGUUUGCAAAAUAUACGCUCCCGAGUUCUUACGUAGACCGACAAGUCACGACAUGGCACAUUUAUACGAAGCUCAUGAGGAAAAACAUCACCUUCCAGGUAUGUUCGGUAGCCUUGAUUGCACCCAUUUCGUUUGGCGAUUUUGUUCGACAGAGUAUCGAGGCCAAUAUAUGCGAGGAGAUCACCGAUACCCGACUGUUAUGCUCGAAGCAGUUGCAUCUCAAGACUUUUGGUUUUGGCAUGCUUUUGCCAGUCCACCGGGUUCUCAAAACGAUAUCAAUGUGCUACAACAAUCUCCGUUAUUUUUAAUGGAACGAAAUGGAACCGCGCCAAAAUGUCAACUUUACGUUAACAACCAUUUAUACAAACGUGGUUAUUUGCUCGCGGAUGGAAUCUACCCUUCGUGGUCCGUGUUUGUGAAGUUGAUCCCUUACCCUCACGAAGUAGACCAAAAGAAAUUCAAGAGGCAACAUGAGGCGACAAGAAAAACGUCGAACGAGCUUUUGGUGUUUGAAGGCGAAAUGGGGUGUAUUAAGUCGACCGAUGCGAGCAAGAUCCGUUAA